CUACCACUCCCAAACGUUUUAAAGCAGCGCAAUUCUCGCGUUGGAGCGAAUGCCCGUUCCAAACCACCAAAACCCUUACUCCCACUCUUACUCCACCAUAGAUCUAGGGUUUCAACAGCCUUCUCAGCAAUGGCCGAGUCAUCUUUGCAACUCAUCUCCGAAAUCGGCGCCCAACUCGGCCGCCAAACUCGCUCCGGCAAAGAUUCCAUACUCAAAUCGCUCAAACAAGCUGCAAAUGCUUUGUCAGAAAUAGAACAGCCUUCAUCCCAGGAAGCUGCCAAAAAGUUAGGAGCUGCUAAAAAGAUUGAAGUUGCCAUAAAUCCUCUGAGGAAAGCAAUUGUAAAUGGCCUUAUUCAGCAUAAAGAUAAGGAAGUUAGACUUCUAGUGGCCAUAUGUCUCAGUGAAAUUUUUCGGGUCAUGGCACCUGAACCACCUUUUGAGGACAAAUAUCUUAGGGAGAUUUUUAAGCUUGUCAUCAGCACCUUUGCCGAGCUAGCUGAUACCACGAGCCCAUUCUUUUCAAGAAGAGUUAAAAUAUUAGAGACUGUUGCACGAUGUAAAUGCUGUGUUAUAAUGCUGGAUAUUGACUGCAAUGACCUAGUUCUUGAGAUGUUCAGUAUAUUUUUCUUAGUUGUGAGAGAAAAUCACCAGCAGAGUUUGAUUAAUCACAUUGUGUCUAUAAUGACACAUAUUCUAACCGAGGAAACUUCUCAGACAGUCGUGGAUGUGAUUUUGCGAAAUCUUGUAAAUGAGGGAAAGGGUGCCCCUUCUGCCUCUUACCAGCUUGCUGUUUCCAUCAGCCAACAUUGUGCAGAAAAGCUUGAGCCCUUUGUCCGUGGGUUUCUAACCGCUUGUAUUCUGGAUAGAGAUGCUGUAGAGAAUGAACUCAAAGAAUUUUACCAUGAAAUUAUUUUUAAACUUUUCCAGUGUGCUCCUCAGAUGCUUCUUGCUGUCAUUCCAAACUUGACUCAUGAGUUGCUGACUGAUCAGGUUGAUGUUCGAAUAAAAGCUGUUAAUUUAAUUGGAAAACUUUUUGGACUUCCCGAACAGCAUGUUGCAAAACACUAUCGUGAUCUUUUCUUAGAGUUCUUGAAAAGAUUCUCAGAUAAAUCUGUGGAAGUUAGAGUUAGUGCUCUACAAUGUGUUAAGGCUUUCUACCUGGCCAAUCCCUCUGGGACAGCGUUGCAUGAAGUUCUCACUGCCCUGGAAGAUCGAUUGUUAGACUUUGAUGAUAGAGUGAGAAUGCAAGCGGUGAUUGUUGCCUGCGAUCUUGCCCAAUCUAAUUUGAAAUCUGUCCCCCCCAAAUUAAUAUCUCAAGCUACAGAAAGACUUAGGGAUAAGAAGAUAUCUGUUAGAAAGAAAGCCUUGCACAAGUUGAUGGAAGUUUAUCAAGAUUAUUGUAAGAAAUGUUCUGAAGGCCACAUGGCAAUAAGUGAUCACUUUGAACAGAUUUUGUGUAAAGUUUUGAUGCUGUGCUAUGAUAAAGAUUGCAAGGAGUUCAGGUCCCAAAAUAUGGAGAUUGUGCUUGCAGAGGAUUUGUUUCCAGCUCACCUUUCAGUUGAGGAGAGAACAAGGCACUGGAUCCAUUUGUUUUCUAUUUUUACCCCUCUUCACAUAAAGGCAUUGAACUCUAUCUUAUCCCAGAAACGAAGGUUGCAAAAAGAGAUGCAGAUCUAUUUAGCCCUACGAAAGAAAGAGAAGGAGAAUAGCUCAGAAGAGAUGCAGAAGAGAAUGAAAACUUCAAUUAUAAAAAUGGUGGCAUUUUUUCCAGAUCCUUCCAAAGCAGAAGACUCCUUUAAUAAAUUGAGCCAAAUGAAAGAUAAUAGCAUUUUCAACUCAUUGGCACUAUUAUUGGAUGAUAUGAAAUUCAGAGAUGCUCUGAACAACAGAGAUAAAUUUUUGAAAACCCUAGGUGAUAGGCACCCACUAUUUGAGUUUCUGCGCUCACUCUCCUCAAAAAGCUCGUAUAACAUAUUUGGUUCAGAGCACGUCCAAUGCAUUUUAGAUCAUCUUUCCUGUAACAGAUCUGGAAAUAGACUCUUGGAGGCUUCUUCUGCCAAACUUCUUCUGGCUAUCAUUAGCAUUUUCCCCUCACUCCUGAGAGGUUCAGAAGUACAACUUCAAAUGUUGAUAGAGGAGAAUCAUCAAAUCAAUGAUAGGCUGAUUGAAGUGUUGGCAAAAGCAGGUCCUCAUAUAUGUGUACAACUCAGUGAUAUAUACCCAAUCUUGCAGAGAGUAUGUCUUGAGGGAAGUCGCACUCAGGCCAAAUUUGCUGUUGCUGCAAUUGCUGCAUUAGCCGGUGCUUCUGAGCAAUUCUUCUUUUCAGAAUUAUGCAAGGAACUUGUGGAUUCUCUUCAUAGUAGGCGGAACAUUCCAACAAUCUUGCAGUCUUUGGGUUGUGUUGCUCAAUACUCUCUUUCAACAUUUGAGGCUCAAAAUAGAGAGAUAGUGUCAUUUAUUAAGGAGAAUAUAUUUCAAGCAGGUGCUACAGAUGAUCUGAAUUCACCUGAUGCUACUUCUGGUUGUUGUAAUUCUUGCCAAUUAAAGAUCUAUGGGCUGAAAACACUUGUCAAGAGUUUUUUGCCACAUCGAGGAACUCAUGUCAGACGACAAAUUAAUGAAGUGUUGGACAUUUUGUCAAAAAUGCUGCAAAAGGGUGAUGUUUUUGAUGGUAUCAUCUCAUGUGAAAGUGAUAGGGCUCACAUCAGAUUAGCUGCUGCAAAGUCUGUUCUUCAGCUUUCUAGAAGAUGGGAUUUGCAUAUUUCACCAGAGAUUUUUUGCUUUACACUUUUUAUGGCAAAGGACUCUUCUUCUCUUGUUCGGAGAUUAUUUUUGAAUAAAACACACAACUUAUUGAAGGAACAUGCUAUACCUAUUAGAUAUGCGAGUGUUUUUGCCUUAGCAACUUCAGACUGCCUCAAAGAUCUGCAGGAUGACUCAUUUAAAUAUAUGGCAGAAUUUAUCAAGGAGUAUAGUAGAGAAGCCCGAAUCUGUCAAGCUUCUGCUGGGCAAGGAGGAUCAGUCACUGAUUAUCCGGCAUACAUAGUGGUCUUCUUGAUAUAUCUUCUUGCUCACGAUACAGGCUUCCCUCAUGAAAACUGUCGGGAUGAACAAAUAUAUGCCCAAUUUUGCAGUCCGCUUUUUAAUUUAUUGGAGGCAUUAGUCAAUGCUACAAUUGUUGAUGGGGACAUGGAUCUUGUUAAUGAUGCACGUUUGCUUCUACUCAGUAUUUUUCGUGCUGUUAAGAAAGCUGAGGAUGCUGCUGAUGCUCAGAAUACUCCAAAGCUGCACAUAAUAGCAGACAUUGGAUUCUCCUUUGUUGCUGCAUUAAAUUAUAAUGGUGUCUCCUCGUCACAUGCCCCUGCAUUGGUCUUGUUACCAUCAUCAUUAUAUAGAGCAAAUUCACAAUGUCUUACUUGCUCCUCUGCUGAUGACUCUUUUGUUAGUAGGAUUGUUUAUGCAUUUAAAUCUCAGAUCUGUGUGCCUGUUACCUCUCUUCCAAAACGUGGUCGGAAGUGCCAAGAGGAUAACACGCAGUCGGAUAUUAUUAAGAACCACACAUUGAUCUUGGCACCUCAUAAGAAAGUUGAUUUUUCUAGAACUGGAACAGAAACUCAAACAAAUGUGAGGCAGGAUAUUAGUGUGGGACAGAGACGAAGACAGGCAGUAUCACCUGCUUCUGAAUCAGUUGGAUUGCAUGAGUGUUCAACUAUCAAUAACCAACACGGGGCAUCUAAAAAGUCUGAAAAAAUUCUAGAGAAUAAACAACUUUCAUCUUCUUGUGAUUCUGUUACUCUGAGAUCCUCUCUGGCUGAAUCACAUGUUUCGAUUCAAAUUCCAGAAAGCAAUUCCUCGUCUUUUAAAGAAAAUGUCAGAGCUGGUGGCACAAUUACUGCUGAACAUUCCAAAUAUUCCAGAGCCAAGCUCAAAGACCCGUGCAACUUAAAUGUUGUCUUGCCUGAGGAGUCAAACACCUUUCAGCUGCAGCACAACAAUCUAAAGAGAAAUGUUGAUACAAUUGGAGAUGUUGCUGCCCAACAACAAAAAGUCCUAACAAUUGAGGAAUGUCAAAAGUUUCCUAAGAGAACUACUCUCCCGGGUGUGAAGGCAAGGAAGGGACAGAAAGCUUCUAUAGAUACAUCAGAAGUUACCAAUCUGAACGAGGAUGCCGUUGUCAAAGGAGCUAGGAGGCGGAAAUGAUAACUUUUCCUACUUGUUUCAGGCAAAUAAUAGAUAGUGUUUGGAAAACAAUGGAUUCUGUCACUUGAGAUAAUGACAAGUUUAGUAAAAUUACUCGCGAGGACUCUCACUUGCGGUACGUCGGAUUAGAAAGAUCUAACGGUUGCGAAAAAGAAGAAGAAAUCUCUUCAAAUGUAUAUAUAUUGAUGUGUAUAUUGUCUGAGUCAUCAACUUGAGAACAAAAUGCUGUGAAUUAUAGGAAGAGUUUUAUGACAAAGUUACUGGUAAAUGAAGAAAGAUUGAGUCAGCAUUAUUGUUAUUACUAUUAUCAGUCUUGUUGAAAGGGGUCUGAAAUAUUUUGGAGGCAAAAAAUGGAGAGCCUUUUG